CGGUGGGGCACUUUGUCUUUCUCGCCUGAAACCAUUUCCCCAAAUCGUCAAUUCUUCUCUCUUUUUGUUGUCGCAAAGACUUCAACGUCCCACCAAUAAACAGCACCUUCUUCCUCUUUUCUUACUCUCUAUACCAACCGUAAACCGACAAAAUGGGUGGCGCUGACAGAGCUGGUGGCAAGGCCAAGCCCCUCAAGGCUCCCAAGAAGGACAAGAAGGAGCUCGAUGAGGAUGACAAGGCUUUCCUCGAGAGGAAGAAGGCCGAGGAGAAGGCCCGCAAGGAUCUCGCCGCCAAGGCCGGCGGCAAGGGCCCGCUCAACACCGGUGCCCAGGGCAUCAAGAAGUCCGGCAAGAAGUAAAGAAUAAAAAUCCAUCUAUCUUCAUUACCACGAACCGAACCGGACCGAACCGAACCGCACAGACAAUAGGAACGGACGGAUAAGAUGGACGGAUGAACGGACAUGGAGAAGCAGAAAGGAAAGUGCAGUGUUGUUACACAACGGCGUUUUUACAGAGCAAAAGGGUUUAACGGGAUGUUUUUUGCGUGUCUUCCAGAACGCAGUCUUCCCUUUAUUGAUGAGUUAGAGCAUGCAGCGAGGAGCGACAAAAGAUGGGAUACCAAAUGGGAAUAUAUAUGAAUGGCACGUACAGUUUUGGGUAUAUUUCGCGUGUUUUUGAUAUUGGUGUGACAUGUGUUGUGUGAUGUGUUGGUGUUGGUGUCGAGCGUUUAUACUUAGCCAACCGAGGUGGUUAUUUGUUCGAUGUGGCAUUGAUCCUCCUCUGUUACAACUUUGGGAACACUCAAUGUCCAUCAACGAAUUAGUAUACAAGUAUAAAU